AUGUCGUCGAUGACGAGCAAUUUGUCAGAUAAUACAAUUAAACUUAACUAUCUUAAUUCACCAAUAUCACAUAGUAUGCGACCUUAUCACACAAAUACGCUUAGUGAUAUUGAUACAAAAUCUGUUGGUUCAAAAUCUACCAGUUCACGUACAUCAAAAUUAACUUACAGCGAAUAUCCACAAGUACGACCAACGAAUCCACUUUAUUCAAGUACAUUUUCUAUUCGUACGCAUUCUUCAGCUAUUUCAAAUAUGUCAAAGACAUCAACGGUAGUUGAACGUCGUAAAAAAUUCGAUCCUCAUACACCAAAACAUCCUGAUGAUUGGCGUUGGUUUGCAGUUCUUUGUAUUUUUCUUUGUCCACUGAUAGGUCCUAUUGCAUAUGGUCUUGCUUUUAAAGCACAAGUCAAAUUUAGAGAUGGUUUUACUGAUGAAUCUCGUAAACUCAAUAGCCGUGCUUUGAUUCUAUGUAUUAUUAGUGUUAUUCUUGGUGUUGGUAUUCUACUUGGUCUUCUCUUUGCAUUCGAUUCAUGGCCACGUUCAAAUGGUUAA